AUGAAAUUAAUUAUUUCAAUAUUACUUUUUAUUUUUGUAUUUAUAUACAUAACAUUUCGUAUCUAUGAAUAUCAUAAAAAUUUAUGUAAAUUAAAUUAUGAUUAUCCAUUUCAAGAUCCAACAUUACCAAUUGAUAUAAGAUUAGAUAAUCUUAUGUCAUUACUAACUCCGGAAGAAAAGAUUAAUAUGUUAUGGAUGGAUGGAGCAACAUCAGAUGGUGAAUUACCUAAUUUAGCUGUUCCACGUUUAAAUAUUCGUGGAUAUUCUUGGAUAGGACAAGGAUAUGUUUAUCGAUCAGCAUCAAAUGGUUGUAAUAUUAAUUGUUAUAGUCCUGUAAUUGAUGGUAAUGUUUCUGUAUUACCACAAGGUACAGGAAUUGCUUCAACAUGGAAUAAAAAUUUAAUUUUUCAGUCUGGUAUUAUGAUUAGUGAUGAAAGUAUGGCAAUACAUUAUAAUUAUAAAAAUAAAAGUGUUGAUUAUAAAACUGGUGCAUCAAGUGUUAUUAAUAUUGCCCGAGAUCCAAGAUGGGGAAGAGUACCAGAAACAUAUGGUGAAUGUCCAAUAUUAACUGGUGAAAUAGCAGUAGCUUUCAAUAAAGGUAUUAUGGGUUAUGCAAAAUUAGAAGAUACACAAUUAGAAUAUGGAAUUUAUAAAGUUAUACCUGUUAUGAGACAUUUUAUUGAUUAUGAUGGUCCUGAUAAUGGUAGAUUUAGUUUUAAUGCAGUUAUUUCUGAUGCUGAUUUAAGAAUAACAUAUUUACCUGUAUGGAAAAAACUUAUUGAUGAAAAAGCAAUUGUUGGUAUAAUGAGUGCAAUAAGUGCCGUAAAUGGAAUACCAUCAGCAGUUAAUAAAUAUUUAUUAAAUGAUGUAUUACGUAAUGAAUGGAAUUUUACUGGCUAUGUUAUAACUCCAUUAUUGGUGUCAAAACCAAAUGAUGGUAUUUGUGAAAAUGCGAUAUGGUCUACAAAUGGUACUACUGUCGCUGGUAGAAGCGAUGGUCUCGGAUCUGCACUUAAUAGAUUGCAUGGUCCUUGGGGACUUUUUGUGGAUGACAAUCAAGUUAUAUAUGUAGCAGAUUCGAAAAAUCAUCGUAUAGUCAAAUGGGAACAAGAUGCUUCGAGUGGUCAACUAGUUGCAGGUGGAAAAGGAAGUGGAAAUAAUACUGAUCAAUUAAAUCAUCCAUCAGAUGUGGUCGUCGAUAGAGAUGGAUCAAUCUAUAUUAGUGAUACAGAAAACGGACGUAUUCAACAAUGGUCUUCAGGUGCUAAGAGUGGGAAAACAAUCAUCAAAGAUAUAUCAUCUCCUGUUGGCAUGUCAAGAGAUAAGCAAGGACUACUAUAUGUAUCUGAUUGGAAAAAAGGCGAAAUAAAAAAAUGGGAUGUUGGUGCGACCAUUGGGCAACUAGUUGCGUCGAGACUUAGCGGUCCACGAUUUAUGUUCAUUGAUCAAAAGAAAUCUAUUUACAUAGCCGAGCAGAGACGUGAUCGAAUAAUAAAAGCUGAUGAUGUAAUAUCAUCACAAUCUUCAAUGCUUGCUGGUGGAUCUCUUGGUAAUGGUUUAAAUCAAUUAUCGAGUCCAUACAGUGUUAUUGUCGAUGAAUUAGGCACUCUCUAUAUUGCUGAUACGAAUAAUCAUCGAAUCAUGCGUUGGGUACGUGGAGCUCAAUCCGGAAUGGUUAUAGCUGGUGGGCAAGGAAUGGGUUCUCGAUACGAUCAACUUAGUUAUCCACAUGAUUUAUCAUUUGAUCUUAAUGGAAAUCUCUAUGUAGUUGAUUAUGGAAAUCAUCGAGUGCAAAAAUUUGUCAGUGAUAAGAGUUUAUGUCAAUAA